AUGUCAACAAAAAUGAAACAAGAUACGACGUCGAUGGAACUCGACAACAAGGACAACCCAGUUGGCCCAUUGUCAAUUUUGGAGGAAUGUGUCAGAGAAAACUGUCAAGUCCUAAUAAACUGCAGAAAUAAUCGCAAAAUUCUGGCCAGAGUGAAAGCUUUUGAUAGACAUUGUAAUAUGAUACUAACAGAUGUAAGAGAGAUGUGGACGGUCAGAGGAAAAGGAACAGGCAAAAAGAAACUAGAAACCAAAGAUAGAUUUAUAACAAGACUCUUCCUAAGAGGAGAUUCCGUAAUCGUUGUCUUAAAAAAUCCAAAAUAA